CUCCGUUGAUUGAUGCCAAGACCCACCUCCCUUUCCACAGAGCGGGCGUCGCCAGCGCACGUGGGCUCCGACGCUUGCUGGGCGGGCUCUCGGCGCCAAGAAAUGCCGUCCUUGGCAAGGCUUAACCGUCAAUCUCUGCAUCCCGAAGCGGCAAGUGAGCACGUUGGCAACUCGUGCUGCGGUUUUCCGCCGGCGUUCGCGCGGUGGGAGGGACGUGUAUUCAUGGAUAACGGCGGUGUACUUUGUAAUCCCGCAUUUAAUAAACGAAGCGUCUUCUCUGCAGGGAGACAGCUUACUGCAGCUGCUUCUUGAGAAUACCUGCCUCUAGCCCAAGGAAAACAAAAAGAUAUUCUUGUUCGGCAAAAAUGUCCGAAUCCACACCUCACUUUGAUACCCUUGAGCAUCUUCCCCAGCUCGUCACAUAUCCCGCCAUCUCAGAGGAUGACAAGAUCUCUGCCCUUCGUCUCAUCGCCGAUAGUGUGGCCCAGCAACGCCAAAUUGCUGCAAAAUCCCUGAUAUCACAUCCACUCUGCAUCACUGCACUAGUCCUUCUUAUAUCCCUGGCCGGAAAAUAUCAGUCCCAUGGAAAAUCACUGGGCGACCUGGCGUUUGUAGGCACUACCGGCGCAGGAUGCAUAAUGAUCUUGCUCGUGCUUGUGCAAUGGGUGACCAGCGCGUACCUCGAAGAGGCGUCACGCGUUGGAACCUGGAAAUGGCUGAAAAGCGAGGCCAAGGACCCUUCUACCCCAGUCAGCCCACUCACAGAUGAUGUCUUCCUCGUUACUAAAUACGGCGAUGAAAUUAUUGGCACGAUUCUUCUACGAAUACCAUCCUCGCCGAAGUCGAAGGCAGAGACGCAGGGAGAGCAGCCAGUAUUGGUGCGCGCAUGGACCGUAGGACGCCGCUAUCGCCAGAAGGGCAUUGGAACCGGGCUGUUGGAGGAGGCGUUUUCCUACCUACAAGCCAGAAGCCUACAUGAUCUAGAUGUCAGAUUCGAUAGAUCCCACGCAAAUUCGUUCCGAGUACUACCAGGAAUGUUUAAUCGACCCUUCAACAUGAGAGAAAAUUGGGCAAGACGGAAGUUGGAGGGUGUCAGAAAAAUACAAAACGUCAUGGUGAAGAAGUAA